AUGGGUAAGUUUAAGAAUAUCUCAAAGACUGAAAAAGAUAAACGUAUGAAAUAUCAUCAAGAUAUGGCACGAUGUAUCUUCCGUAUAUUUAAAACAACUAAAGCUGAUGAAGGUGAAUAUACAUGUCAAAUUGAUGAUGAACGUGGUAUUAAAACCACUGGUUCACUUUAUAUCGAAGAUUUAGCUGCACUUCAAAUUGAAAAAGGAUUAAAAGAUAUUGAUGCACUGGAAGAAGAAGAUUUUACACUUGAAGUUACAUUAUCUAAAUCUGAUUCACGAGGAAAAUGGGUAAAAGAUGGAAAAGUUCUUUCUAAAAAACAAUCAAGUAUUGAUGCAACACGUUUUGGUAAAUUUAUUACAAUUAAAACCGGACGACUACUUAAUCUUGAAAUUCUUUAUGAUGCUUAUCCAGCACCAACAAUAGUUUGGAUGAAAGAUGGUUUAUCAUGUCAAACAUCAAUCGAUGCAAAACGAUGUAAAUUAAAUAUUGAAAAAUCAAAACGAGGUGAUAUAGGCAAAUAUGAAUUAAUAUCAAAAAAUGCUAAAGGAGAAGUUAAAAUUCCUACUGAUGUUACUGUUCUUGCUCGUCCUGAUAAACCUGAAGGGCCAAUGAAAUUAACUGGUAUUACUAAAGAAACUGUUGUUGUUUCAUGGAAACCUUCAUUGGCUAAUGGUGUUUCAGGUACUGAAUAUACUGUUUCUGUUCUCGUUGAUGGCAAAGAAUAUGAACUUCGUGUUGUUGCCGUUAAUAAACCUAGUCCAGGAGAAUAUGCUAAAACUGAAGGACCAAUUCAAGCUCGUCCACCUGAUGUUACUCCACAUGCUGUUGGUUUCAGUGCAUUUAGUCCAAAAGAAAUCAUUGUUCGUGCUGGUGAAGAUCUUAAAAUUACUGUACCAUUUGUUGGUUCACCUGCACCACAAGUUACAUUUGCUAAAAAUGGCGAUGAAAUUAAACCUGAUGGAAAUAAUCAAGUAACUGUGAAAGAUGGUAUUGCUGAACUUAUUGUACCAAAAGUAAAAGCUGGUGAUACUGAUUUAUAUUCAUGUACUUUAAAAAAUCAUCUUGGACAAGAAACUGUUCAAAUGAAAGUUAUUGUUGUUGAUAAACCAGAUACACCCGAAGGACCAUUAAAUAUUUCCGAUGUAAAACCUGACAUAUGUUUAUCGACAUGGAAACCACCAAAAACUGAUGGUGGUUCACCAAUUACUAAUUAUAUCAUUGAAAAAUUUGAUACGAAAAAAGGUGAAUGGCAAAAAGUAUCAAGUUUUUGUCGUUCACCAUUUUAUGAAGUAACUGGACUUACUGAAGGUUCAGAAUAUAAAUUUCGUGUUUCGGCUGAAAAUCUUUAUGGAUAA